CACUGCCGCGUGUCUCCAUCUCCUUCAUCCCAAAAAAAACAACACCAAAUCCCAAAAGUAUUUUUCAAAUCAAACAAAACCAAAAACCUAAUCGCCUCUAUCAUCCUCGGAACCUUCUAGAAGCCGGAAUUUCACCGGAGCUCUCCAACGAUCGUAUCGGAAAAUGGCGUUAUUCGCUCGAAACGCGAAAUUGCUCACCGGAACGACACCAUUUCUUCAAAGAGCAGCGACGAUGACGUCACUAGCCACAAACAAUCGCGCACAACCUCCGGCGAUGACGUCACCGGCCGGAAUAUCUAAACAAGCUGAAUAUAACGCUAAAAUGCUCGCUACAGCGACGCCGUUUCUUCAAAGAGCAGCGACGAUGACGUCACUAGCCACAAACAAUCGCGCUUCACCUCCGGCGAUGACGUCACCGGCGGGAAUAUCGAAACCGGCUGAAUAUGUGAUAUCUAAGGUCGACGAUCUAAUGAAUUGGGCUAGGCGUGGUUCAAUUUGGCCUAUGACAUUUGGAUUAGCGUGUUGUGCUGUGGAAAUGAUGCACGCUGGUGCUGCGCGUUACGAUUUCGAUCGAUUUGGGAUUAUAUUUAGACCUAGCCCUAGACAAUCUGAUGUUAUGAUUGUUGCUGGUACACUUACCAACAAAAUGGCACCUGCUCUACGCAAGGUCUAUGAUCAAAUGCCCGAGCCAAGGUGGGUCAUUUCAAUGGGGAGCUGUGCAAAUGGUGGAGGAUACUACCAUUACUCAUAUGCUGUCGUGCGAGGCUGUGACAGGAUUGUCCCUGUCGACAUUUAUGUUCCAGGUUGCCCACCUACUGCCGAGGCCCUUCUGUACGGAAUUCUUCAACUUCAGAAGAAGAUAAAUAGGCGCAAGGAUCUCCUUAUGUGGUGGACUCAAUAAGAGCUUUAUAUGGCCUUUGCCAAGUACUUACUAUGCAAGGGGAGAGAUCAUCUUGUUUUUCUUUUGAGUGAACUAUGGGUCUCUCUGAACCUUCUAUGCUUAUUUUGUAUGUUAAUCCGAUAUAUUUAGUGGUACUAUUUAAGCUUUCUGCAGUUGGUAUUUUAAUAAAGCUGCUAUGCAUCCUCUAAAAACUGAGGAAUGGAUUGCAGCCGAAUUCAAAUAUUUUGGUUGUGAAGUGUAAUUGAUAGAUUGAAACUUGAA